AACAGGGAGAGAGGGAGACAUGCGGCUUUAUAAACGUUCUUGUGUUAUGAUUAAUUAACGUAUUGACAUUCAAGUUUAGCAACAUUCUGUGCAAUUUUUUGACUGGUUUAGAAUUCUGAAAAGUGUUGGGUUUUUUUUUAAGUCCGAUAUUGUAAUGGUUAAAUUGACACAGGACGCGAUUGCAGCUUUGCACUUUUAGCACCUAAUACUUCUAGUGUUAUUCUGCUGGAAUCGUUUGUUCCAGGAACCAGCUUAAAACGGAUACAUAUUCUCAUAAAAGGUUAUCAGGUGUAUUCAGGUAAAUCAGAAACACAAACAAAGGUGGUUGUAUACAUCUGUCACCAGUAGCAAACCCACCAGAAACGAAUGAACUAUCACCAACCUCCGCCAACCAUCAGUUAAAAAAAGGAGAAAAAUGCUGGCGAUAGAUACGAGCACGAGCUAUAACUACUCGUAUUAAAUUCAACAAGAAAAAAAGGGACCAACAUAUGUUCGUAUUGUACAUUAAGUUUCCGUCGACGGAAAGUUAAAGUAGGGAAAAAAUCUGCCAAUUGUCACAAUCCCGAGAAACUAAUGUUCAUAUCAACAUUCAAUAAAAGCGAAUUAUCCACGAAUGUUGCCAUUGUCGUUACAAUAACGAUAUCUAAAACACGAUUGUCACCUACUUGUUUACACACAUUUCAAGAUGAAAGCAUUACAAUCGCCCCUACUACAAUCAGUUUACGUCAAAGUUUAGGUCUUACUUUCAUACGGAUCUUACUGAUUUCAUAGUUCUCGGUUUAAUGUGUCGUGUGGAUGUUUACACAAGGCACUUGAAGUCUGAAAGCAAUCAUAAACUCAUAAUAAUCAUAUACAACGUCUUUGUUCUCCGCGGAUGUACUCAAUACUUAUAUACCCACAUCACAGGGUACAAAUGUUUAUACUCGCAAAGUUAGAGAAGGAUUGGGUGUCCAAGUCGUUUUUGAUAAACAAAUGAGCCAAGGAAAAUCGGCGACUUGUUACUUAGGGUCUCGUGUGUCGCUCGAUCGUACUCUAUAGUAAAGCAUGUAACGCUGAAAUCAGCUGGCUUUGACUUCCCGCUUGAGUAUACACGAAACUGAAAGACGUGAAUAAUGUGCUAUAUUAUAUGAAAAUCUUAGUGUGAUGAUGACCACAACUUGUAACUGUUGCAAGUGUCGUGUGGUAAUGUCUAACGUCUAUUAGAAAACCAGGGUUAACAUCCGAUCACUAAUAUUACAGAAUACGAAUUCAACGCUGGAUUAUAAUCAAUAGGAGUAUAGUGUUGUAAAGACUUGAAGAGUAUAUCGCUUGCUCCCGAAUAAACAAAACAAAGCCAAAAAAACUUUUAGUGUAACCAUAUACGGACGGAUUAAAACCUAUAUGAUACUAUCAGCAAAUAACGAUCAAGUCAUCUUCUUCAGACCGUCAGCACCGGUUGUCAAGACUGUUUUAAUUUAGAAGAAUAAUUUAACUGGAAUAAGAGAGGAAAAAAAGAAAACUUUGUUUUAGUGUCGAGUACAAUCCAAAGAACGAUUUUAUUCCCUGUUGUUUUGAAUUUUACAUCAGUGAGUUUCAAUGAUGAAUUCCUUAAUCGUCUACAAUUUGUAAUGGAUAUUUCUCCAGUACCUUUCCAGGCAGUUCACAGCACUUUCUUCUCAUGGGAGAACUGUGUACUGUCAUGACACCGUCCUCUGGAUUGGCGUGUUUUGGUGCACUGUCUCGCUCCUUCCUCCUAGGGCCUUAUGUGGGACGACAUAAAACGUCUACUGUUCAGGUGAAUAAUAUUACAAGGAUAACCUAUAUCGUAAUUCUCCUCAUAAUGUUGGCAGGUUCAUGUAUUGCCUCGCCAAGGAUAGAACCGACAGAAGAAGGGUCAGCUGUGUAUUUUAAAAGUAGAUUCUGUCAGCCCCUCUCCGAAAGCGAGCUAAAACGUAGAAUGGGUGCGUCGUUUGACCGAAGUCGAAUGUCGCCGAAUGAGGACGCUAAUAAUAAGCGCAGUGCGAGUGAUAGUGACACUGAUGGGUUUGGGGAUGAGGGCGAGGAGGAUGGGGAAGUGAGUGAAUAUUUUGAUACGGAGGACCAAGAAGUGGGUGAUGGUGAUAUUAUAGACUAUUCAGAAGGAGCAACGGACAAUAGAGACGAACAUCCGCAUCCAGCGGAUCCUACGACGACACACACGCCUAUUUAUAAUUUUAUGCGGAAAAAACGGGAAAUAACAGACGACGAUAAUACUCUACAAUUACUACUUAACAAAGACAAAAAGGCGGACGAUGAAGUUGACCUUCACCUCCAGCUCUUACUCAGUGGCAAAAACAAAAAAACUAGAAGACAAUUGAAAAAGAAACUAAGAGCGAAAGCCCGAAAAAAUAAUUUGUUUAAGAAACCGCCCCCGUGGGAGUGUAAAAUGGAUUCAAAGUGGCAAAGAAUGAAGGUUGGGUUUUUUCCCACGUACGUUCAGACAGGACGUUGUCUUACAAAUAAGUGUUUUUAUCGGUUAUAUGACUGUAUUCCAAAGAAAUACGCUAUUAAACUGUUAAAACGAGACCCAGAUCAGUGUAACCCUCUUCCCACUAUAGGACUAAAUGCCACGUAUGAAGAACGGUGGUUUUUCGUCAGACAUUACGUGACAGUGGGUUGUGAUUGCUCUAAGAAACAGAGGAGAAGAAAGGGAAGGUUCUAAAUGACCCAUGUGCUAUAGCGGACGGACUCCCAGUGUUUUUAAAACUUACUUUUUAUUACCCCUAAUCAGAUGGUGCAAUCAUAACGAAUGGGCAUACCGCACACAAGUGGUGUGCUAACAACAUACGAACAGGACGUUAUUUAACUUUACAAUAUGGGUAUUUCGUGAUUUCGUUGUUUUUUUUCAAUAACGUCGCCGCCAUUCUUGUGUUCACCCCCAGGCGACACAGCGACCAGUUCUCUCUGUGCCGUGUAUCUCUAGCCUUUUAUAGCGCGCUGUAUUCUGUGACCGUAGCUUCUGAGGUUCGGUAAAGAGAUAUACGGUUUUAAAUCGGAGUCGUAAGCGAGCUGUCGUAUACGUCUACUUAUACUGACUAUCCUCAGUAUUUAGUAACUAAUCGACUAUACAGGGAAGAGGUGCAGAUUUGUUGAAAAUUAAGAACAUAGCAUUUUGACACUAUUGUUGACCUUUUAUGUGUACGUUAUGCUUUCUAUGUUAUAGUGUACGUGUACGUGACGCGCGGACGCUCUUCUUCGUACGAUAACUUGUACGAAAAAAGGCCAUUCAUUAUUUAUGAUACCAUAUUUAAAGCUAUUAAUUUUAACAUCGUUACAAAAUAUAAAUCUAAAAAAGCUGAA